GUGAUUUGAGAUUUAAGACAGCCUCUGGACUUGUUUUCCUGCUAUAAAGCUGCAGCGUCUUCAUUCUGCUUGUCUUCUAAAACAAACAUGAAGUCGUCUCUGUCAUUUGUAUGGACGGCUGCAUUUUUCCUCGCCCUUUUCUCUCAGUGUGUGAGCGGGAAGGACUGUGUGUGUGAGCUGAAGAACUUGGUGCGUCCUUUCCCAGUAGAGAAACUCGACUCCAUCCGCACUGCAGCUAACCAAUGCGUGAAAAGCAUGAAUGCGGCAGAGUUAUUGGAGGUGGAUGUACUGAUGCUAGGAUUGCAGCGGCGGUUGGAGCAGCUAGAAAAGAGUGUGUCUGUGUUGGAGAAGGAGGAUGAUGGUGAUCUGUAUGGAGCCGUGUCACUGCGAAUCAUUGAGCUCGAGCUCGCUGAGGUCCUGGAGCUUAUGGGUAAACUGAAGAAAACCAUCAACUCCCACAAGCAGCUCAGUGAGAGUACAGCCACCAAGGUGAAAAACAUGACAGAAGGCAUGCAGGAGCUUGAGGCUUUCGAUCUUUCGCACGUGGUGAGCAAACAGCGAGAAAAUCAGCGCAUAAAGAGAGACUUGGCUGAGUGUCAGCAUGAGCUUCAGGCCACCCCUCAGCCUCCCGCUCCUCGUCCACGACGCUGUCCACAAGGCCAAUUUGUCAAUGUGACAGGCCCUAGAACUUACGCCCUCACCCAGUACGGAACCUCGUACUAUUACGGUGCCUGGGGAAAAGACCCGAAACCUGCUCCAGGAAAGGAGGACAUGUACUGGCUGGUGGCUCUGACCAGCAGCAAUGCUUUCGCCAACUAUGUGCGGCAUUACAGCAGUUUGAGCACUAUACUGGUAGGCGUGGGUCCUGUGGACACCGUCAUUUCCUCCUCAAACCCCACCACAAACACCAUUAUCGGUCCUAACGUGGUGCAGUAUGGAAACGCGCUAUACUAUAGCUGCUAUAAUUCACCCUCUGUGUGUCGCUUUAACAUCUCCACCCGCUCCAUCAGCAAUACACCACUUCCACAAAACUCUGGCUUCAAUAACAAGUUUCCUUUUGGCUACUUGGACACCACGUACAUCUACACAGACUUGGAUUUCGCCACAGAUGAAUCUGGUGUCUGGGUCGUCUACACAGCACCGGACAAUUUUGGCAACGUGAUCCUUAGUGAAGUGAAAGAAGGAAGUCCUCCAUCUUUGGGCCGAACGUGGCGGACAUCACUGCACAAGCGCACUGCCACUAACACCUUCAUGGUAUGCGGAGUGCUUUACGCCACACGCUUCCUGGACAAACAGACAGAGGAAAUUUUCUACUCCUUUGACACAGAGACAAGGGAGGAGCGCUAUGAUCUGAAGAUCCACAUCAAGAAAAUGCAGACCAAUAUCCAGUCUCUGAAUUACAACCCACGAGACAGAAUGCUCUACGCCUACAGUGACUCAUACAUCGUCUCGUAUGAUGCUGUCUUCCAGUAAACAGUUAUCAAUUGUCAUCUCAUACAAUGCUGUCUUUCAGUAAACUGUUAUCUUCUCAUACAACAGUGUGACAGUGACUCAGAUUCCCCUUUCUAUAGAUGCUGGUGGUUUAUACCAUUCAAAAUUUGGGAUCUUUAAAUGUCAUGACAGAUUUUUUUUUUUUUUUUUUUAAAUUGUCUGUAGUUUUGUUUCUUUAAUUCCUUUUCAGAAUAUUAUCUGUACAAAUUAUUAUCUCUCAGUUAUUCUGGAAACACCUCUUUACCAAUAAAACAUGACUUUAUUUUAAUGAU